CUUCAUCUCUCUCUUCCUUCCCAACCAUCACUCCUAUCGUUUCAUCGUCUCUCCUCACAGCAUAUGUCUCAGAGGCCCACUGUUCCUCAUUCUUCUUCCAUAGCCUUCGGCCUCCAUUCUCAUCUCCUGGUUUCCAGUGAGAUGAACCCUAAUUCCAACUGGUCUUACGUGUCUUCUCUUUAAUUUUGCUUCCUUCUGUGUUCUUCCCUAAUCCUUUUUCGUAGAAAAUAAAAAACAAAUUGAAAUUUUAGCCUUAGAAAACCCCAUUCUUUUCUUCAUCGUCCAGUUGGUCUCUCCAAUCGAAACCACAAUUUUCGGCUAGAGCAAUACACAAAUCAAGAUGGGCCUCAAGGGUUUCGUUGAAGGAGGCAUUGCCUCGAUCGUUGCAGGCUGUUCCACUCAUCCUCUCGACCUCAUCAAGGUCCGGAUGCAGCUCCAGGGUGAAACCCACGUUCCCAACCCAGCCAUCCAGACUCUCCGCCCCGCAUUCGCUUUCAACACGCCUUCCGCGGCCGCUGCGGCUCAAGCUGCACUCCACGCGCCGCCACCACCACCUCCAGCACCGCGCGUCGGCCCCAUCUCCGUCGGGAUCCGGAUUGUUCAAACAGAAGGCGUCGCUGCCCUCUACUCUGGCGUUUCGGCCACCGUCCUGCGGCAAACACUCUACUCCACUACGCGUAUGGGUCUCUACGAUGUCAUGAAGCAAAGAUGGUCCGACCCUAAUUCGGGCAAUAUGCCACUCGUGCGCAAGAUAGCGGCUGGCUUAAUAGCCGGCGGAAUUGGUGCGGCCGUCGGCAACCCAGCCGACGUUGCCAUGGUUCGAAUGCAGGCCGAUGGCCGCCUUCCCCCCGCCCAACGACGCAACUACAAGAGCGUAGUUGAUGCCAUCACGAGAAUGUUGAAACAGGAGGGAAUCACAAGUUUGUGGCGCGGAUCGUCUCUCACGGUGAACCGUGCAAUGAUCGUGACUGCAUCGCAGCUGGCAUCAUACGAUCAGAUCAAGGAGUCGAUCCUGGGACACGGUCUGAUGAGGGACGGGCUUGGGACCCACGUGACGGCGAGUUUUGCGGCGGGAUUUGUGGCCUCGGUGGCGUCGAACCCGGUGGAUGUGAUCAAGACGAGGGUGAUGAACAUGAAGGUAGAGGCAGGGGUGGCGCCGCCUUACUCCGGCGCGUUAGAUUGCGCACUGAAGACAGUGAGGGCCGAGGGGCCGAUGGCGCUGUACAAGGGGUUCAUCCCUACGAUAUCGAGGCAGGGGCCGUUCACGGUGGUGCUGUUCGUGACCCUGGAACAGGUCCGAAAGAUUCUCAAGGAUUUCUAAUUUGGAGAGACGACGGUGAUGAAUGAUGAUGACGAAGAAACAAUCAAAAUAAAGAUUAAAAAUUAGAUAUUAUUAUUAUUAUUAUUUUAUUUAUGUUAUGAUUAUAACUAUUACUAGAUUCCUGAUUCCUGAAGAAUGGGAAACAAGGAGGCUCUAUUGACCAUUUUUUGGUUUUUCUUUUCUUUUUUUUUUUUUUUUUUGAGAUGAAAUGAAGUAGAAAUGCAUAGAACCUGGCAGGAUGAAAACUUGUUGUCCUUUUCUUUCUUGAUAUCUUUAAUUUAGUACAGCUUGUGGUUGCCACA